AACUUCAAUUGUUCCCAUAAAUCUGGUAACAGAGAAAACUUUCCAGCUAAACGCCGAUAAAGACUUCAUACCACUCACAACACUCUAUACAUUGUGAUCGUCACAACAGCUAAGGCUACCUAAGAGAGAGAUCUCACAUUUGGCUGUCCGCUUUUUACCAUUCUCUUGAUCGUUUAAAACUUCAGACUGCCUUGCUUUCCUGUGUCAUGGAGAAAGUCCAAUACCUUACCCGUUCUGCUAUAAGAAGAGCUUCAACCAUUGAAAUGCCUCAACAAGCACGUCAAAAUCUCCAGAACCUGUUUAUCAAUUUCUGUCUCAUCUUAAUAUGUCUCUUGUUGAUCUGCAUCAUCGUGAUGCUUCUCUGAAGUUCUGAUGCAAUCUCUAGUGCUGCAACUUACCACCAUCAGCUUAAAAUCUGUCAUGCCAUGAAGAGAGGAGAACACACCACUUCUUCAGCAGAAGAAUUUCUUUGUGAAAAGGUCAAGAUUCAGAACAAAUUGUUAACAAAUGUAUUCAUCUGCUGCAUCUUGUAAAAAUGUGAAAAGGGCUCUAUUUUCAAACUUAACUUUAAUAUGACUAUAAGUGUGCAUAAUGUAAAUGCUGAUUUCCACAGCAGAGCUUGUAAGUUUCCUAUCCCAAAUCAUUUCAGAGGAUGAACUAGGGAUUUAGUUUUGAAACCUCACUGCUAAGAAGUUCACUUCAUAUAUAUAAGAAUUAGUUUCACUAUUUGGGGUAAAUAUAAUUUAUAUUGUACAAUAAAAGCCUCUGGUGUUUAUUAGGUAUUUUUCACGUCUUCGCCAAUUACCAAUCAUUCAAAUCAAAUGUCCUCAUUUGAAAUAGUCCACUGAUUCCUCACAUCCGUUAUCAUUAUCAUAGUCUUUGUAGUAACUAUCAUAACCUACGUUCUAAAUUAGAAAUUGUAUUCUUUUUCUAUACUUAAUAUUUUUUGAAGUUUAUGAGAAUCAAGUAGAAAAAGACAUGCCAUACUCUCACAUAAAUAAAAUUUCUCUUAACUCUAUUUUUCAAAGAAUUACAGAAUUCUAUCACAUGUAGGUAACCAGAAAUCUGUUCUCUGUAGGACAUUUUGAUCAAUAGACGAGACCUAUUGGUUAAUUUAACAGCUGACAUGUGAUUAACCAUAAUUAAUAACACACUAAUAGAGUCUAACCUUAAUUUAUUGCACUAUAGUUGAUUAUCUGAGUUACAGUACAUAACUUGCCAUACUAUAUCUGUGGAAUCAUGAAAUCUUAACACUUUACAACGAUUUGAUAGGUUGUCUUCUAUUCUACCCUCACACUCAAUGUAGGCAAGGAAAAUACAAGAAAUAAAAGAAAAAUGUAAUAUGUCAAGCAUUAAAAAAUAAAAUUUUGAAUUCUUUAUCCAAAAUAAAUUCUUUGAUUACAUUUUGAAAUAAAUUUUUGUCCCACAAUUGUUUAUGACAGGAUAUAGCUACUUUCUCUAAUCUGUCAACCAGGUGGUAAAGAUGUAUUGGUAGGCCACUAGACUACACUAAAUUAUACACCCAGAAAUGCUAAUUUACAAUUAUUUUCUUGCUGAAUACAUUUUCAGUUUGCCUUCUGUCAUUUAAGAAUACCUGCAAACAACACAUAAAACAGAAGUCAAAAUUGUUGAUAGAAAAUUCAUUCGCCAAAAUUGGGUAAUUUAAGUUGACUUGGUUUAAAAUUAAGUCUAAAAUGGCUUACACCUUUACUGCAUCAUCCAAUAAUUUUAACCUCAGUUAAAGAUACACACGUAUUACUAAUAUAGCAAUUAUUAAAAGAACAGACAAUGUGUAGUUUCCUAUACGAUUUGUUAAAAUACAGUUACUAAAAGAACUUGAAAAGUCAGUAUUGAUUUUGGUUUGUAACACAAGUGCUGUUAGCAGAAUAGUGAGGGGACACACUGCUUUAAAAUGUUUCUGAAUCUUGAGUGGCACUGGAGAUGGGAGGGGGUUCACUAAUAUCUGAGGACAGAGAGAAAAGAGAUCUUCAACUGACAGGGGGAUUUCUUGAGCAAAGCCUCAUUUAUGGGUUGGAGACUCCUAAUAUCAACUAAAACGCUUAUAAAUAACAAGAGAUACAUUCACCUCAAUGGUGUCAGUAAUUACCCAGGCAAAAAGUAACCAAGUUCUAUAAUUAGCAGCAUGAUCUUAAAAAAUAAGUGGAAAAUUUGAAAUAAUACAUUCUAUUCCUUUCAUUACAUUGUUCAUUACAACAUUAACUUCAAACUAUAAAUUAU